ACGUUUGCGUCAAGAGCUGCUUGUCGUAAUUAGUUGGUCAAAAUGUCUGAUUGCGAGUGACCGGAAAAGUCUAUUGCUUGGGAUCAGGAACAGCGAGAACAGCAACACAGCACGAAAUCAAGAAGUUCGCAUUGCGCAAUGCGGAUGUGUAAAAUACUUUAAGAGUACGAAAUAGAAUAAAAUGAAAAGAGACCAUCUAAUAACAUUUAGUGAAAUUGAAAAUGAAGCUGCAAAAAUAAGAAAUAAGAGAAAAACAUGAUUGGAGAAAAUGAAUUAUAUAAACAAACAAGAAAGUUAGUUGCGAAAAUGCUGCAAAAAUCAAAGUGUCCAAACAGCAAAUUGCUGGCGUAUUAAGAAGUCACAUACAUACGAGCACAGAUACGGUGGGAUGGGCGAAAUGCGUGUGUGAGUGAGUGAGCGAAACACAAACAUUCGACUGUAAGCAGCAGCAGCAGCAGCGAAAUAAAUAGAGAAAUACAAGAAAACAAACAUAUGUGUAUAAAAAAAAACAACUUGAAACUAUGUAUGUAUGUUGUGGAAGUGAGCAAAAAGAAUUAAAGUGGCAAAUCACAAAAGUAAAUUCAACAGUGAAAUCGGUUUUGGAGCCUGUGGGGCCACCAGCACCAAUACUUAGCCUUUCUGAUAAAGUACAUUUUUAACAACAUUUAUAUGAACAGAUGUGUGCCGAAUUUAGUUGAACAGUUUAAUGCCGUAACAUAUUUAAAGAUUAAAAUAUGCAUUUCUCCAAUAUUUAACAAAAAACCCCCAGAGAGAAAUUCAAUAAAUUAUAUCUGUGUAUAUAGUAGGACGAGUAUUUAUAUACAUACAUAGUGUCCUUAUAAUACAUGAAUAAGUAAAAUUUAGCAUAGUUUUUGCUGAGCGAAAAGUUGAAAAAAAAUUAACAAGAGAAAUCGCUUCCGGUGCAAUUGGCGUCGACAAACAAUAAGCUACCAAACAAAGCUGCUCUACGGCAAGCAAGCAAGCAGUGCUACAAGCACAACUACAAAAUGGCUGCGCAAAAUUGCAUUUCGCCAUUUUUACCACCCCUCCGAAUGGCUUUCCUCACAUUGCCGUUGUUGAUAGUGCAUACACAGGCGCGAAUCGGCUACUUUUGGCACAUCACAGAUUUGCAUUUGGACACAUACUACUCGACGCAAGGAGAUGUUAUGCACAGUUGCUGGCGGAUUGACGGUCAAUCGCCGAGCGCUGCCAUUCGUUCACCGGGUCGCUUUGGUGAUUACUUCUGCGACAGUCCUUGGAGUCUAAUUGAGUCGGCGGCGAAAGCAAUGAAGUCGCGACAAGGCGACAAUGUCGAAUUCGUGCUAUGGACGGGGGAUGGUUUGUCGCACUCAGCGCUUAAGGAGUCAGACACAAAGAGACUGGAAAUCCUUCGUAAUAUCACCGAUCUACUAGGGCGUACAUUUUCAUCUCAAUUCGUGUUUCCAGUGUUAGGCCAUGAAGAUGGCACAAAUAACUUUCGACAUAUGGGCGAACUUUGGCGGCAUUGGCUGCCAUCGGAGGCAUUGCAUACGUUCGAAAAAGGUGGCUACUACUCCAUUGAACAAACAAAAAGUCGCCUUCGUAUAAUUGCUCUGAAUACAAAUUUCAUGCGUCACGAUCACAAAUCGCAGCCUAGCCAUUUGGCAGCUGUGCGACAGCGCACUCCGAAUGGUGCAGGUGGCAACGGCGAUUCAGAGUAUAAGACGUAUUACUACCACCACGGUUCGAUACAUCAACAUCACGGACAUUCUUCCAGUGACUGGAUGUCGCAUGGUGGUGGCUAUGGUGGCUAUGGCGGUGGACAUCAUCGCGGCAUGAACGCGAUUCCGGCGUUAAGCGUAGGCGAUGGGGGUGGGCGAGUGAGUGCUUUAUCUGAAUACGAGACCCAGGAUGCUGAGAAGCAAUGGGUGUGGCUGGAAGAGGUGCUCAUCAAGUCGAAAGAUAAUAAAGAGACUGUCUACAUUGUGGGACAUAUACCACCCGGUUCAGACGAGCGCCACAUCGGCUUGCAACAGAAUGGGCACACCACUUUCACCGAAACUAACAACAAACGCUACUUGGAAUUGGUGCGCAAGUACUCGUCAAUAAUACAGGGCCAGUUUUUCGGUCAUUUGCAUUCAGAUUCUUUUCGUAUCAUCUAUGAUGACAAUGGCAAACCGGUUUCUUGGAUGAUGAUUUCGCCAUCCGUAACACCAAGGAAAUUAAACGUUGGCUCAAAUAAUCCAGCGAUGCGUCUUUACAAAUUCGAUACGGACUCCGGUCAGAGCGCGCUGCUGCCGAAACUCAUUGCACGCAUGAGAGUGCUACAGCAGCAGCUGCAGCGAGCGGCUUUGGGUGAAAAGCACGAACGACAAAUUGAAUUCGCUGCAUUGGUAAUGACGAGAACUAUGGCAACAAAAAAUGAAGCGGCAAUACCGGUGACGUUAAUAAAUGCACGAACGACGGCAUUCACACUGCUGCUUCGAAUAUUGUUGAUGCUGCAAUAUGCGUUGGAGCAUAGUUACCAUGGCAGGGACAAAUUCCCGCUUCUGCGGGGUAAUACGAAGCAUCGUCCUGCGGAGGACCAACCGAGCGCAAAAAUUACUGAAAAUAAAAUUGAAAAUUUUUGCAUGCAACGGACAGCAAUGCAGCUAAAGACCGACAACAUGCUGUUGCAGAAGGGCAAUGAGAUGGUGUUACUGCAACAGCCAACAACACUUCGUUUCAGCAUUUGGUGCUACAAAGGCUUCAAUAUUAUCGCUGUGGCAGCGGCAGCCAGCAACGACAAAACCAACACCUCCUCGGACAACAAUGCGUUCCAGUUGCAGAUGUGGCUUGGCGGGGCGCACGAAAUUGUUGCCGGCAAUAACAAUAGCCAUCGUGCAACAACUCCGAUUUCAACCAUACAACAGCAAUUGCUACAAAGUGAUUGCGUAAAUUACAGGUCCCUGCGACUCGAGCUGCAAUUUUUGUGUAUAUUUUGCUUCAUAAUAAGUUACAUGUGGCUUAAAAAUAGCCAGCAUUUUGAUCCACCAGGCAGUCGACGCCAUAAUACUACCACCAAUGCAGACUUUGGUAUAAGCGCCCCCGCCAACUUAAUUGGCCCUAACUUCUCCUAUCACUCCUUGAAACACCAACAACUGCAUUGGCGAUCAGGCUUGUGCUCCGCCACACAGUAGUACGAACACUCUUUAUCGCUUUAUAGCUUAGCUGUUUGUAUUGUAUGCAAUUGUAUUUUUAUUGCUAUAGUAUUUAAAUUAUAUUUAAAGGCAUGUGUGAAAUUAGAUAGCUGUAUGUAAGCAGGUGAAUAGCUAACUAUUAAUAUAAAUUGCAAUGUUUCCGACGGAAAUAUUCGAGCUCCUAACCCUUUGAAAUCCAAGAGAGAAAGUUUCUCCAACUGUUAUUCUAUUCCAAAGAAGAUUGUGUAAAUAUUUGGCUCAGGAGGCUUUGAUUGUAUGUGUUUUGAAAUGCGUAUACCAUAAUUACUUACUCAUCAUAGAAACGGAAGAAAAAAAAUUGUUUACCUCAUAAUGGACUUACUAAGCCAAAAUGCAAAAAAAAUAUCUAUUAUUCAAAACAUAAUUUAAAAAGAUUACAAAUAUGGACAGGGUAUGUUUUUAAGACAAUUUCUUCAAUGCCUAUAAAAUACACCCGGUGCUAAUAUUAUAAACGCACCACAUAUUAGCAAUUAUUAUUUUUUGCUUGUUAGUUUGGUUAUAAUAGAAUAUUUUGAUCAAAAACUUCCUCUGCCUCUGAGACAUCCAGAGCCGACCCGUUCCUGGCUAGCUCGUCGGCCUUCUCAUUGCCUUCAAUUCUGCUGUGCCGUAGCAUCCAGAUCACUGCAACGACAUACCUAUCAGAUAAAGCCAUAAAAUUCUCACUGUAUUAUUUUUUUUUAAUAUUAUGCUAGAAGUGAUGCUUACAGAGCCAAGUGCCUUGGUCGCUGCCGGGCUAUCGAGAAAACAGCAAUGCUGUUCCAUGCUAGCUUCGAGGCUACUUUGCAUGCUGUUUUGAUGGCACAGACCUCUGUCGAAAAACACUGGCCGAAUUCGGUAGUCGAAUAGACUCUUCGAUUUGGAGGUAAGUUGAAAAAGUUCCCGCCCUAUGCCACAUAAGAGAGGAACCACAAACCCGACAUCGUUUGCCUACGCGACAGCUUUGACUCCUUCUCUGUUGAGGCUUAGAAGAAUGUUUUUUAGCAGAAAGUUCUUACUCCGCAGAUUUCUGAGUUUCUGCUAAUUUUUGGCCUCUGGGCUAACGCUAUUGAGCGUAGCUGCAUAAAUGGAGAAGAUAUAACAAAAAAAAUCAGAACUGAACAAUCAGUUGUAUGGGUGCUAUAUUUCCCGUUCCGACAAAUGUUGAAUACAUUAUAAAAGUACAGCCGCUUACUAAGUUUAAAUCGGAUAUAUUGAAAAUUGAGGGACGAUAUUACAUUCAAAAAGACAUAGGAAUCCACUCAGCUCGACAUCCUGAUUAUACAUUUUCAUGGGUCUAUCUCUUCUUCUACUGGUACUUACAAGCAUCGGACCAAAGUUAUUAUAUCAUUUCUUGGGCAUGAAAGGUGUAAAUAUAUUAACAGACAGUCGCUCAUCGCCAUUCCUACGAUUUUUUGUUUGUGCACCGAAAGACCGACGUUACUGAGUGCUAACCCACCUAUCGUCCUAAUACAAAUAAUUUCGUUGAUACGUUAGCCAAACUGAAAGCCGUUUAUUUUUUUCUCCUUUUUCCUUACUCUACGAGCUGCAAUUAUUUGACAAGUUAGUUUUCGUGGCAUGUGCUAACCAGCAGAUAUGCAUAAAUAGUUGGUUUCUAUGUGUUUAUAAUAAUAGCGGCGCCUAGAGAAGCUUACGGCAUAAACUAUUUCAAAAGAGACUCAGGCCAUGAGUUUAUCAUGCUGAGCAGGAAGAGGAAUAUUCUCUCGAGUAAAGAUUCCAAAAAAUUAUAAAAAUUCGCUUCUCGUUUUAUAGUUGCCAUGGCGAUAGUAAUAAUUGCACUCAUACAAACAGUACGUAAUCGCCUGAUUUAUGAAACACCGAGCAUUUAUCCAUGGUGUUAACCACAGCCUUCUCUGCAUUACUGGUAAUACAAAAUUGAAUGCUACACUUUUCCUAGGACAUCUCCGUGGGAAAAAUAAUGCAUUUUCGAAAGUGAAAACGGCUAUUUUACUGAUUAAUUUUUCGAUUACUAUACAUUAAAUUUUCCCACUUAAAAUGGUAAAUGGGGUACGAAAAAUUUAGGUAC